GAAAAACGCAACAAUCUGGGGGGAGAAACGAAAAUAUUUCGGAGCCAAAUUCAUUCUCAAUUUUUCAGUUUUCUUCUUCCCGCUUGCUCCUCUACUCUCACUCGAUCAAACCCUCACUCUAUUGGGUUUGAAGUGAACUCUGGGGAGGAGCAUUGUUGCCUUGUUAUUUCUUUAUAAAUCACCAGUUAAACAUGAGAAACCGUAGAAUAACUGAGACAUUCUGAGUAGUUUACAUUCUUAAGUCAUUGCGGCAAUGGAGUGCAACAGAGAUGAGGCUCUUAGGGCCAAACAACUUGCAGAAGAGAAGAUGCUGAAGAAUGAUUUUGAAGGGGCUCAGAAGAUUGCAUUGAAGGCCAGACAACUAUUCCCUGAACUAGAUAAUAUUUCCCAGGUAAUAGCAGUUUGUGCUGUUCAUUGUUCUGCUCAAAGAAAGAUAUAUGGUGCUGAAAAGGACCUAUAUGGAAUCCUUCAAGUUGAAAAAAUAGCUGACGAGGCAACCAUUCGGAAGCAAUAUCGGAAACUUGCACUUGUACUUCACCCUGACAAGAACAAAUUUCCUGGUGCCGAAGCUGCUUUCAAACUUAUUGGUGAAGCAAAUAUGAUACUCUCAGAUAAAGGAAAAAGGUCUAUAUAUGACUUCAAGUGUCGAGAGCCUGCGAGAGCUUCUGUUACGAAGCUUCAAAAUCGUCAAGGAAAUCAAAGUUCUUAUGCUAGAACACAGUUUGGGGUUCAGAAUAAAGUCAAUGAUGUUCCAGGUUCUCAGUUCAAUGGCCAUGGCAACCAAUCAACAUCACACACGGGUAUUCGGCCAUCAUUCUGGACAUAUUGCCCUUUUUGUAACAUCAAGUACGAGUAUUAUAUAGACUUUGUAAACAGACCUUUGCGUUGCCAGCAUUGCUCGAAACUCUUCAUUGCUUAUGACAUAGGUGCACAAAAGGCAGCCCCUGGACCCCGUUUUGUGCAUACUGAGAUGCACAGUGCAAAUCUAGGAUCCAACAGGGCUGAACCACCCUUUUUUCAACAGAAAGACGUUGGAAGACGCGAAAAGGUCAAAAUUAAUAUACAAAAGGAAGGACAGUUUCCUUCUCAUUUUGCGCAACAUACAAAAACUAAAGACACUGAAGUUGGUGAUAGUUCAAGAGCAAGAAUGAAACACGGUCAUAUACAUCGAGAGACUGGAAAGGAAGGCACAACAAAGCCAAAUGUUAAUGUGAAGCCUAUGGAAACAGGAACCUCUAAAGACAGAGACAGGAAAAGAGGAAGAAAGAUGGUAGCAGAAUCUAGUGAAAGUAGUUCUGAUGUAGAAGAUGCAUUUGGAGGAAUUGGCGUUGGCCCUGUUGGUGGUGGUGUUCAUCGCAGAUCUUCUCGCCAAAGACAAAAAGUUUCUUACCGUGAAGACGUGGCUGAUGAUUUAAGUCCUCAAAAAAGAUCAAGGCCGGAAAGUUUAUCCGGUGAUGUGAAAGAAAUGCAAAAAGAAGAAGUCUCUGGUUCUGAGGAUAAAUUUUUUAAAAGAGCUGAUGUGAGCAAGGAAGCGUGCAAACAAAAAGCAUGUGCACAUGCAGAUGCAAGCAUAGCAAAUGAGCAUAAAGUGAAGGAAGAUGAAGCUAAGACGGUCGACAAUCAUUCUAAAUCUGUUUCAGACUCUUCUGUUGAUCAGAUCUGGGCAUGUUAUGAUUCCGUUGACAGCAUGCCAAGAUUCUAUGCCCAGAUUAGGAGAGUCUACAAAACUGAGUUUAGGCUGCGGAUCACUUGGCUGGAGGCUGAGCCAGAUGAAGAUCUUGAGAUUAAAUGGGCAGAAGAAGGCUUACCUGUUGCUUGUGGGAAGUUUGUGCGCGGGGACACAGAAGAAACAAAAGAUCGUCUCAUGUUUUCUCAUCAGAUAGCAUAUAAGAAAGGUGGGGGUAGAUUUUCAUAUGUCAUUUAUCCCCAAAAAGGUGAAAUUUGGGCUCUCUUCAAGGACUGGGAUAUUAAAUGGAGCUUGGACCCAGAAAGCCAUAGGAAAUACAAAUUUGAUGUUGUGGAAAUUCUUUCUGUACAUGAAAAUAGUGUUUCUGUUGCUUUCUUGUUGAAAGUUAAAGGGUUUGUAAGCUUGUUUCAGAGAACAAUCUGGGAAGGACUAGCUGAACAUACAAUCCCAUUUACUCAACUAUUUAGAUUUUCUCAUCGUAUUCCCUCAGUAAAACUGACUGGAACUGAAAGAGCUGGUGUACCUGCUGGGUCCUUUGAGCUGGAUACGGCUUCUCUGCCAGGUGACUUUGAAACGUAUUAUUAUUCUAACGAGGUGAAUUUGGAGCCUGAGAAUGUCAGUGGUCCUUAUUCUCAAUCUCAUGAAGAAAAAGUGAAACCUGCUACUGGUUUAGCUAACACUCCAAAGAAGCAUGUGAAUUCGGAAGCAACAAAUGGUCUUGAUAAGGAGAUGCUUAACCUUCGUCGAUCACCAAGAGGAUUGAAGGGAGGACAUAUGAACCACGAACAAGUUAAUAUGAAUGAUGCCACGCCAUGUAAAGGCCAUAAUUCCUUUUGCAAGGAUGGUGAUAUCGACCCAACCUCCAAAAAGUUGACAAAAAGUCCUGGGAUUUCUUCACCUUCAGCAUGUAGAAAAUUAGAGCCAGUUAUUCAUGACUUUAGCGCAGAUAAGCAAAUCUGGAAGUUUCAAGUAGGUCAGAUAUGGGCAUUUUGGGAUCGUAAUGAUGGAAUUCGUCAAUGCUAUGCACAAAUCAAACAGAUUGAAUCUCGGCCUCCUAGACUGCAUGUAUCCCUAGUUAAAUUAUGCAACAUCCCAUCUAACUACGCUAUUCGUUACAAUGCUUGUGGUUUAUUUAAAGUGUCCAGUGGUAAACCAAAAAUACUUGACCCAGAUUCCUUUUCACAUAUUGUAAAGGCAGAAGCAAGUGGAAAUCACAUAUUCAAUAUAUAUCCAAGGGAACAACAGAUUUGGGGUUUGUACAGAAGACAGGAAGGUGGUGAAUUUGACAUCGUUGAAGUUCUUGAAACGGAUGUAAGUAGUAUUAAAGUUUUGUCCCUGUCGCGUGUGCCUGGUUACAAGUCGGUUUAUAAGGCCCCAAGGAUACAGAGAUCAACAGGGAGGAUUCUGGCUAUACCGCGUUUAGAGUUAAACAGAUUCUCUCAUCAAAUUCCUGCCUUUCUUUUCACAGAGGAGAAAGAUGGCAGCUUGAGAGGCUGUUGGGAGCUUGAUUCUGCAGCACUUACAGGGGUUGGGCCGAACCAAGGUUAGCGAAAGAAAGAAACUAAUUCCGGGCAGCUUUGCAAGAGAAAGCAACAUGUAAUUGUGAGGAAGCAGAAGCAGUAAGUAGUAAUUAGAGAUUGUUUUUACCUCCAUAUUUAGGGUUUCAAUUGAAUUUUAACCUACCCAAAAAGACUUGGUUAAUUUUGUUGUAUUUGCUUUGGUAUAUAAUGUGAUACAAAAACAUACAUUUGACCAUUCCCAUUACAUCACUACUCACUUGGUACUGUGAUGCUUCUUGAUGCAGCCACAGAAUUUUCUGCUGCAAAACUAUCUUUUACUAUAUGUAAUCAUGCCUUUUCAUUUGAAUAAAUAGCCCUAAAAUGCAUCACCUUUUGACGGAUCUAAAAA